UGACUAUCAAAUUUUAAUCGUUGUGAAUUCGGUUUUGAGCUGGAAUUAUUUAAAAAAAUUACAAUAUUAUAAUAUCGGUGAUUGCUAAUUUAAUGCUUCAAGUACACUUCUUGAUAACCAGUAUAAAUUUGUAGUUCUGGUACAAGAUGAUAGCCGUCUAACAAUAUUGUGGAGAUAGUUACAUCAUCCAGCUCUAACCAUCACAAUGUUUCAAAAGCAGACAUUUGGUAACACCACUUCCGGCUUCGGAUCCUUCAACGCCGGAGCCAAUACAUCAUCACCGUUUGGUGGGUUCAAGCCGGCAACAGGCACCAGCGCCUUCGGAGCUGCUCCCGCCUUUGGCUCGUCUCCCGCCAACACUUCUACUGCUGGUGGAGGCCUCUUCGGGCAAACCAACACCUCCGGAGGUCUAUUUGGAGGCGCCACUGCCCCGAACCCCACUCCAGCGUUCGGCUCAACCGGUUUUGGAUCCUUUGGCGCGAGCACAACCACUGGAGGUCUUUUCGGAGCGAACACUGCGUCUACUGGUCUCUUUGGGAACACUCAAAAUAAUACGGCGUUCGGUGCUAAACCAGCUGGUUUUGGCUUUGGUAGUACUCCGACAGCGGGACCUUCAACUGGUGGGCUGUUUAGCUCUGGUGCAUCGACUAGCGGUGGUCUGUUUAGCCAGCCCACUAGUACUCUGGGCGGUGGUGCUGCUUCAGGGGGACUGUUUUCUACUAACACUGGUGCGUUCGGUCAGCAACAAGCGGCUGGUACAGCCCACGUGAAGUAUCACCCCGUGGUAGGCACAGAUGUCGUCGUCAAGGGAGGAGCAUCGCAGACCGUCAAUAUACGACACCAUUGCAUCACAUGUAUGAAGGAAUACGAAAGCAAAUCCUUGGAAGAGUUGCGUCUAGAGGACUACACGGCGGGAAGAAAGGGCAGCACGAGCGGGGUUUUUGGUUUUCAGCAGCCGGCCGAUAAUACAGUUAAACCACUCUUCAAUUCCUCAUUUGGCCAACCAGCUACAACCACAGCACCUAGUCUCUUCGGAGGUGGAAAUUUGGGAACGACAAGUGGAUUUGGACAGACAAAUACAUUCUCGUUUGGUAAUACAGCACAAAAUACAACUACGACUGGACUAUUUGGUGCGAAUAAACCGGCUUUUGGAGCCACACCCACCACUGGUACAGGCCUGUUUGGUGCUACAACGACGCAAGCGCCGGCCUUCGGUACUACCACAUCUACCUUCGGUUUUGGGCCGACCACACAGAAUCAGCAAUCUGGCGGUCUGUUCGGAGCGAAGCCAACGACAGGAGCCUUUGGCAGUACGGCCACGACCGGAUUCGGCUCGUUCGGGAGCGGAGGCCUAUUUGGGGCUAAAACUCAGCAGACCACGGCACCUACUUUUGGCACUGCAACUCCCGCAUUUGGUGCGACAUCUAGCGGUUUCGGGACAAAUACGUCGAGUUCAUUGUUCGGUGGUGGAAGUACUUUUGGGAAACCGGCAACCACGCAACCUACGUUUGGGUUCAACUCGCAACCUACCCUUGGUGCAGGUCUAGGUACUGGCCUCGGUACGUCAUUUCAGGCGAAACCGAAUACAUUUGGAACAACACUAGGUGGUGGCUCAUCACUAUUCCCACAGCAAAAUAAUACUUUUCAAACAGGUCUCAACACAGGAUUGGGUGGAGGUAUCUUCAACAAUAACGCCUCGUUGGGUGGAACUGGCCUCGGUUUGGGCCAGAACAAUGCCAAUACUAGCUUGAUGCCCGGCGGUGGUCUCGGUUCGUCCGUGGGUUCCAACGUACACGAGCAAAUACUGACGCUAGCAGCUAGACCGUACGGAGAUUCGCCGCUCUUUAAAGAUUUACUACCAGACACAUCAACAACAGCCGAGGACGUGUUAAAGCCGACUAAUCCAGCGGCUGUUAAAGCGGUGUUGGACAGCAGUAACGCCGCUUACAGAGUCACUUCACCCACUGGAGGCAGACUGAAAGUGGUGCCUAGGACUGUAACACAGGAUAAGAAAUCUCUUUUCGAUGGCCUAGAAGAGAGCGACGCGAGCCUAGAAGAUAAGUUGACUCUGAAGCCUUCUAGGAAGAGAUUGGUUCUACGGCCCAAUACCAACUUGGACAAUAGUUCGAAUAACAGAUCCCUAGUUGAAUCACCUCAAGUAAACGGAACAAGUCAAGUGGACGGCUCCAUUUCAGAGAGAGAAAGAGAUGAUUUCCCCAGUAAGAGUAAGGAGAGGUUGCGAGAGCAGAACAGUGAUAUAGAGCUCCGUACAGACAAACAAAAUGGCUGGCCUUCAAGACAUUCGUGGAACCAAGAGAAACCGAUCGAUAAUGAAACGCCACGGUUAUAUCCAAAUCUAGAUAAAGAAAUGCCGGCCCUCGAAUCUGAACGGCGAGCGAGUUGGUUAACAACAAAACCGCUCCGAAAACCACAAGUGUCCAACGCGGAAUUAGCUGAGAACUCAGUAAGAGAGCUAGGCGUUAAAGAGAGUUCCACUUCCACUGAUAAGGAGAAUAUCGACACUUUCUAUAUAGAUGAAAAUGUGUCGACCCACGAUGCGCCAGUUGAGGCACCGCCUCAUCCUGCUGGUGUUAAACUGACCAGACCUGGGUAUUACACUAUUCCUUCGUUGGAAGAGAUGAUAAAAUACAUUGGUCCUGAUGGCAAAUGUGUGGUACCGCAUUUGACGAUCGGCAGAAAGAAUUAUGGAAAUGUCUAUUAUGACUGUGAAAUUGAUGUCACCGACAUGGAUUUGGACUCUUUAGUACAUUUCCUGAACAAGGAGGUGAUAGUCUACCCGGAGGACAGCGAGAAGCCGCCUUUGGGUGAAGGUUUGAACCGACGCGCCAUUGUCACGCUGGACCGUGUCUGGCCGAGGGACAAGACUGAGAAACGUCCCGUUACUGAACCGGAGAGGUUGUUAAAAAUGGACUACGAAGGCAAGUUGCGACGUGUCUGCGAUAAAUAUGACACCAGGUUCAUUGAGUAUCGCCCACAAACUGGUAGUUGGGUUUUCAGGGUGGAACACUUCAGCAAGUAUGGCAUAUCAGAUUCAGAUGAGGAAGACGAACUUGCGCCUCAGGUGUUGAUGCGACAACUCGUCAAUCAGAGUUUGCAGAAAGCGGCUGCUACUGCCACGAAACCAGUAGUGCCCGUAACAUCGGCUCUUGGUGGUCUGGGAACAAAUAUAGGCCUCGGGUCGAACCUUACCCUAGGGUCAAAUUUGGGUCUAGGCGGAAUGGGAUUCAAUUCCUCUGUGGGUGAUGAAGAUAUGUUCCUGCAGACCUCGCUCAAUUUAAUGAACGGUUCCAAAGUAUUUGAAAUGGACACGACAGAAGACAACGCAGAUGCGACCAGUCUAUACCAGGACAACAGAGCAUUCGGUGUGAAGAGUCCUACCUCGGAGUUGGCCCGUUUGGAGCACAGGCAGAGCCAUAACGUUCAACUGAUGAAAGCUUCCCUAUACGCUGAUACUGAAAUGGAAGACGACGUGUCAAUAUCGACGGGCGAUCAGUUGGUGCCUCAUGCCACGGCCUCCGUUAUCUCGCUGCCACCGACGUCUGUAUCGCACAUGGAGAUGGUUGAAGAGGCACCGGUCGCUAUUGAAGAACCAGUUGUACGUCCUCUAAUCGUGAACCCACAUACAGUGAUACUGAAAUAUCACAGAAAAGUACCGCCUUUCAAGAAAACUAUCGCUGGUCGCCUAAACGCGGAUUGUUUAGCAGAUAUGUCCGUGUGUCGUGCUCGUCACAGCCGCGUCUCCUUCGGCCCCAACAACGCAAUGGUGUUCAAUACCACACAUGACGUCAUUGCUGAACUGCCACGCAAAUCGGAUCUAUGUGAGCUGGGCAGAUAUGUGCGAGGAAGAUCAGAUGAGGACUGGAGCGAGACUGUCGUAGCCAGAGUUCAAAUCGGACAGGCGGACAGUAAAGCCCUUUUGGACACCCUACGCCGUCAGCUCCAAAGCCUACUCGAUUUCUCUACCCCCGAAGACGCGUCGCGACCGUUUGCGCGACUAGUCGUGCAAGAGUCGCCGGUUGGUCGCAAGCAACUGCUCGAGAAGUUGUUGGAGGACGCCUGUAAGGAGGAGUAUAGUGCAAGGUUCGGCGUGUCAAGCUCGUACAGCGUACAAGUUUGGAAAUUGUGCGAAGCCCUCUGGGGUGAAGAUCUUCUCAAUGAUGGUGUACCGGGAACGGACGAGCAAGCUAUCGUGAGCCGUCACGAGGAUCUUUUGAAAUGGUUGAAAAAUGCAGUCGCCGAAGUCACUGAUGAUGAAUUAUCGCAGCCAGUAGACAUUGACCCUGAAGAUGAAAAAGAUGGUCACAGCGCCCGUGUCUGGACGUUAUUACUGGGCGGUAGAAUCCUGGAGGCCUGCAAGCUUUGCAGGGAAAAUGGUGAUUUCAAUAUGGCAAUACUGAUCGCUCAGGCUUAUGGUGACCCAUACUUCAAGACUCUGGUAUCGCGUCAGCUGAACAUCUGGCAGGAAUGCGGCGCUGAUUCCCUCAUCUCGAGCCACAAAAGGGCAAUACUGUCUUUGCUGGCGGGGCGAAGCCCUACCGCAGAGCUUGAAGCUCUUGACUGGUUGAGGGUGCUCAAUGUUUGUGCCAGAUAUCUCUGCCCUCAAAUACCAACACUAGAGCAGAUAGUGCGUACAUACGAAGAACUCUUCAGCCGGGAGUCGAACGUGGAUCUGACCACUGUGCCAGAAGAGAGUGUCAACAUGCGUCUGCCGACACCUGAUUAUCUUCAGGAGUACACGGUUUCUAUUGACACGAAUGGCACGUCGCGUCGGAUCCUAGACCUUCGUUACGAGCUGAUACGCGCGCGUGCGUUCAACACAAGGCCUUGUUUCCAUCCCGCUGCGUACACGCCUCAUCCUAUUGACUAUAGCCUGAGCUUUCUCUUGGGUUGUUGGUUCGGCAAACCGACAAUUAAGUCAAUCAUAGGAUUGGCGGAACAGCUGGAGGGUUAUGGCGAGUGGCAUUUAGCUGUCCAGGCGCUUCUUUACCAUCCGGAUGAUAAAAUCCGUGCUCAUCUCAUCCAAGAGCUAAUUGGCCGCCACGCACCGGCGGAGGCUGAUUCCUCAGUGAAGGCUCGUCUUGAGUUUGUUGAGAAGUUGGGAGUUCCACAGAAGUGUUUGCUGCUCGCUAGGGCUCAUAGAGCGAAAUACGAGCACCGUCCCCAAUUAGAAGCAGAAUGUCUGGUCGGCGCAGGCGCGUGGAAUGCGGCGCAUUCUGUACUCGUUGAACAAUUGCUUCCCGAAGUUGUAUUAUCCGAUAAUGUAAAAAGCGUCCAGCCGAUAAUAGAGAAGUUGAGCGAGGCCGCGCGUCGCAAUGAAGUCAGCGGAUGGGAAAGUGGAGGGGAGGCUCUGUACCAUUACAUCUAUGUUUGUGAUGAGAUACGAGGGUUGGUGUCGGCCGCGGAAGGGCAAGAGGCGGAAGAUAGGUCCAGUGUCGCGUGUCGGUUGGAGGCCCUUACGCCGCGAUUGGCCGCGGCUUGCAGGGCGCUUACCCUAUUUAGGAGCAAAUCACCGCGUGCGUUGGCCGCUCGGGCAGAAAUGGGUGCGAGGUUGGUGCAACUGGCCCUGGCCGGGGGACACGUUUCCGCCCAUCUCGCUGCCUUGCUACAGGACUUGGACUUGCCGCCAGAUUGCGCUGCGCAUGCGCACUAUAAGAUUACGUCGGAUCUAUCGGACCAAGCUUCGGAAUUCUGCUUGGAAUCAACACAGAGCUCUCCCCUCUCUUCUCAUAGAACAGCUGUACAUAGCUAGGAACAAAGUUACAAGGAAAAAAAUGCAUGUAAAAAUUUGCUGUGUGAUUAAAAUUUUGUCAUAUUUUUUAUGUUAAUUUUACCUAAAUUUAGUAGGAAAUAAUCAUUGUAAAAAUGCGUUCAAAUGAAUUUUAUUACGUCUGAUAAACAAUCGUUAGAACAACGAUUCGUCUUUAGUCAAUAACGAUGCGUAAAAUAUUGGUUUACUCGUUCCUUUUAACGCAUUUAUGUAAAUUGUAAUAGUUUUUAUAAUAAAAUAGAAAUAAUUGUAUAUAUAUCAUCUAAGAUUCAAGUUGAAUGUUUUUUGAGAAACUAAAUGUAAAAAACAUUAUUUAACUAAUUGCGGGUUAUUAUAGUAUGUUUACAAAGGAUGUUUUAGUAGGAUUCAAAGUGAUUUGUUGUAGAAAAAUUUUCAUGUCAUUCAUUUUAGGAAUUCAAAAUAAAUUUUCAUUUGCAUUUUUGACAGCAAUCCUGUUUAUGGGAUUAUAAAUAAGAUACUUUGGAAAUAUAAAUUAGCAAAAAGAAUAUAAGGGUUAAAUAUCAUUAAGUUAUCCGUAUAAAUUGAUCUCUCGAUCAAUUCUUUUGAAUUAAUUUCUAUACUAUAUAUUAAAUUGUUAAAUACAAUUUUGGCACUUCAUCAUCAACUGUACGGGAUUAUUUUAUCAACUAGUGUGCAUCAUAGAAGUAUUUUCUUCUAACACUUCAGUCGAAGGGAUUUCGUUGGGGCAAGGUUCCAAAUUUUUAGCAUUUUGCCGCCUUGACACAUUAACCUUGUAUUGUGACAAUUGUACAGAGCUUAAAGCUCAAAAUUGCAUUCAAGUCUUAGGAAUAAAUAUAUGCAGGAGUGCGUUUGGUAUAAUUACUUUGCCCUGUAUCAGGGCAGACACAUUUCUGCAUCUUCCACUGUUUCGUCUUUAAUGAAAAUUGACAUAAGCACCAAAUUUUUUAAUUAAAAAUUGGUAUUUCGUAGCAAUGGAUUAUAUUGUAAUGUAAAAGUUUUCUAAUUAGAGUUUGUUAUGUUAAGAAUAAUUUUUGAUUUGUAAUAAAUAUUUUCGGAAUAUUUGA